AUGAUUCUGAUAAACAUAACCACAGUGCGUGGCUUCCUCCUCCUGGGAUUCUCUGACAACCAGGAGCUGCAGAUCCUACACGGUUUUCUCUUCUUGGUGAUGUAUCUGCUGGGCUUGACAGGUAACUUCAUCAUCAUCACCAUCACAACGAUGAAACUGCAGUUCCAAUCACCAAUGUAUUACUUCCUGAGGCACCUUGCCCUUCUUGACAUCUCCUUACUUUCUGUCACUGUCCCCCAGUCUAUCCACAAUUCCCUGACAGGCAGUGGCUGCAUUUCCUAUGCUCAGUGUGUGCUGCAGGUUUUCUUCUUCACGUCUUUGGCUUCUGCUGAGGUGGCCAUUCUCACAGUGAUGUCCUAUGACCGCUAUGUGGCCAUCUGCCUCCCACUGAACUAUCAAGUCAUUUUGAGUCUCAGAACAUGCAGGUGGGCUGUGACAGCUGUAUGGAUAAGUGGAGGUAUCACAGGAACUUUGUACACAGCAACAACAUUCUCUAUCAGAUUGUGUAGGGACAAAAUUAUCCACCAAUUCUUCUGUGAUGUUCCACAAUUGCUCAAACUGUCUUGUCCUGAUGAUUACCCUGGAGUGAUUGGAGUGGUUGCUUUUAUGUCUUUAUUGGGGUUUGCCUGCUUCUUUGCCAUCACCCUCUCCUAUGUCCACAUAUUCUCCACAGUCCUUAGGAUUCCCUCUGCUGAAGGUCGGUCUAAGGUCUUCUCUACCUGCCUGCCCCACCUCUGUGUGGUCUCAUUUUUUAUGUCCACAGGUGCCUGUGCUUAUCUCAAUCCAACCUCCGACUCUCCAACUGCUCUAGACCUCAUCAUGUCUAUUUUUUAUACAGUAUUACCCCCGACACUCAACCUUAUUAUUUACAGUCUGAGGAACAAGACCAUGAAGGGGCGACUCUCCAACUGCUCUAGACCUCAUCAUGUCUAUUUUUUAUACAGUAUUACCCCCGACACUCAACCUUAUUAUUUACAGUCUGAGGAACAAGACCAUGAAGGGGACUGUGAAGUUGUUUUUAGGUAG